UCUGCUUUUCUUUUUCCAGCUCUUUCCGCAGCUCCUGCAUGCCUACCACUGACUUCUUCUGAGCGACCGGGAAGCCUCACAGUAGAGGAGCUGCAGAACAAAAGGUGCUGGCCUCAUGAUGCCCUUUAAACUCAGCGUGCUGCUGCUGGUACUGGCCGUGGUCACUGCGCUGGUGACGGCCCAGAGGCGACGCCCAGCUUCCAGGACCAACGACGAAUGGAACUACAGGGAUGGAGCUGAUCGGGUCAACAUGCGAGGCGUGGCCAACCUGACCCAGGUUUUGGACGACUGGAGGUUCGACAUCCUGACCCAGAUGAAAGGUCUCCUGCAGAACGACCAUCAGUCUUUGCUGCCAGAAUACAGCAGGAUCCAGCCGCUGUCCGAGGCCCUGGACGACCUCUACAAGGAGUUCAACGCCCUCAAAGAGCGCCUGGGGGACCUGACGGAGAAGUUCACCGCCAUAGAAGCCUUCAUCGACGAAGUCAAGGCCAGUCGCAGCACCAACAACAACAACGGUCCGGCUCCAGCUCCGGCUCCAGGUCCGGCUUCUGGUCCGAACCAAAGGCCCGGUGGGAGGAGGGUGCUGAGAAAGAAAACCACCACCUCAACUUAAAAGCUAGAGUUAUCCUGCUCGGGUGUUUUAGCUUCCUCCCAGCUUCACUAUCUGCAGGUUAUUCCACCGUGUUUUCAUUUCCCAAGGCAUUAAAUGCUGUCAUUUUAUCAAACCUUCACCAGACUUGUGUCGUUUUCUGUCAAAUCAGCCGCUAGGUUACAUAAAGCUGAGCGAGAUGUGGAGCUAGAAGGUCGUCUUGGUCCCACUUUCCCCUGAAACCCUUCCCAAAGUGUCCUUAGGUCAGGACGCUAAGCUGUACAUCUUGAGUCCUGGCUGACAAAACCAUCUUAGGGUCACUUCUUCCAAAUCCUUGUUCCAUUUAAAAAAAAAAAAGAAAGCCUUUGAUCAUCCACUGUGUAACAGUUUCUGGGUAGCUUGACCAUCAAUUGUCUGAAAACGGGAGGCGGCACAGCGCUUCCUGCAGGAAGCUCACCUUAAUCGUGAAAUCUCAUCCUGAAGGCUGCAGUUUGGGUAAUUUCUCAUAGAGGGUUAAAAAAUAAGAUAAAAAAAGAUCCUCCAAAUGUGCAUUGCUUUUCUUUCAGAAGCCUUGCAUUGAAUUAAUCAAACAAUAAAUCAAUUAAGUGAAUCUGUUCCACUCAGUGUCGAGCUAAAGGGUCGCAAGAGUGGUUAGAGCUCUUGAAGCCUCUUCAGAAACCCUUUACCUGAUAUUUAAGACUCACACUGACGCUUUAACACUGAAAGAUGAAUAAUUUAACUUCCCUGUAAGACCGCCUGCAGCUCACUUUGAGUCCUGCUGUUGUAGCAACCUCCUUGGCCAAGUUAAAGGCCCAAAAGCAGCCGACCAAGUAUCUCAGAAGCAGUGAUUUUCCUUUCCAUCGUCUUACCCGACAUGCAUUUUCCCCCCUAGAAGCUAAUGCUAGCUAACAACUACAAAAGUAGAGUAUAAAGGUGCUUCUAAAGGCUGCCAGGGCUUCGUUUUAGCAGCAAAAAGGCCACUUUGGUCUGAAGCCAAAUACCCUGACAGUGUGCGAUGCCUUGGGAGUGAUUACAAAGUACAACUUCUUCCUCUUCGGCUGUUUCUCAACUCCACUGUUUUCCAGAAGCCUGCUCUCGUUCUCAUUUAUUAUUAACAAAGCAGAAAUUAAACCGGAGGAACAGCUGAAGAGCCCAGUUUGCCACAAGCUUUAAAAAGCUGUCAGCUCAGCUUCUGUUCCAGGGAUCGUUGUAGCCAGUUCCUGUAAAGUCUUUCAAUUUUUUAUUAAACAACACGAACAACAUGUUUCCCGUUUUUACUGUGUACUAAUUAAUGCAACCAGAGGACACAAAAACCACAAAUACUGCAUGUUCCAACUUUAUACGGUGAAAUUAGCACGUAACACGACUGCUGGGAGGUGUUUUCUGCUUUUGUUGUGUAUUAAAUAACAGAAAAAAAAGCUUUCUUUGCUUAAGAUUUGCUCAGUAUGACCUGAAACUGAAUCAAAGGCAGCGAGAUGAGGGAGGAAUCAUAAAUAGUGAUGCUGUGCAUACUAAAAUCUACAGAGAAAGCAAGUUGAGGUUCAUCUGUGAACUAAGAAUAAGAGGGGAUGAGUACUUAUGCAAAACAUGAAACACUACAAACUCUUUCCGGUUUUCAUGCUUGUGAAACGUUGUUGCUCAGCAUCUUGUCUCUGCUCUGCAUUAUGACCAAAUAAACUCGUUUGUUGCAUCCA